AUGCUAGAACGACUCCAUCAGUUGAGAGAACCAUUGGGGGAAGCCCUGGCCUCUCUAAGGACUGACAUCACCCCUCCCACAGCACUGGAGUAUGAGGCAGUUCAAGAUGCUCUCCAUGUUCUUGCCCCUUUCCACCAGGCUACAGUAGAGCUUUCUGGAGAGAAAAGAGUAUCUGCCUCCAAAGUGAUACCUUUGAUGAAGAUGCUACAUCACAACAUAACAAACAAGUCUGAAGGCCUCAACACAAAUUGCGCAAGGCAGCUGGGUGACAGCCUGCUUCAGAGGGUCAGGGAAAAGGCUGUUCAUUUAGAAACACUAAGUGUCAUGACUAUACCCACAUUACUGGAUCCCAGAUUCAAAAAAAUUGGAUUUUUAAGUCAAGGAAAAAUGCAAGAAGCCAUAACAAGAUUAAAAUGUGAAUGUGCUGCUGUCAUCAGAAGUGCUGGUGUUAAUUCGGUUUCCACCAAUACCCCCCCAGCUCAGCUGCCAGCCUCUUCAGAAGCAGGCCAAUCUACAAACCACAGUGACCUUUGGCACUUGCUGGAUAGCACGGUUGAUCUAAGUAGAAGGAGCUCAAGUGCAACCGCAGAUGCUACUGUUGAAGUGGACCGAUACUUAUCUGAAGUGAAUGUAACAAGAACGGAGGACCCACUUGUAUAUUGGGCUCAACACAAAACAUCAGUACCCACACUUGUACCAGCUGGCACUGUCAUUUUUAUGUUGCCCUGCAUCUUCUGUUCCAUGUGA